GAGAGAGAGAGAGAUUCCAUCAGUCAUCUGCAAUAGCAAAUUUCAAAAGAAUUUAUAGUUGCUUUGUGUGACAACUUCUAUCUCAACUAAGCCUCCUCUGGCACAGAGAGAGACAGUCGUUCCUUUCCUUUCUUGCUUCAAUGGCUUUUCUUGCUCCCCUUCUCUACUGCUUCUCCUUAUUACAUGUAUUAGUGGAAGCCCAGCCCUACCAAAACAUAACUUUAGGCUCUUCUUUGUCUUCCCUUGAUAGCAAGACGGCCUGGAUCUCCAACUCUGGUGAUUUCUCCUUCGGCUUCUCGAUGGUCGGCGGCAAUCUGUACGUCGGUGUUCGUUAUGAAAAGAUCCCCAACAAGCCCCUAGUUUGGACAGCAAACAGGGACAUGCCAGCCCCCACUGGUUCCACUGUGGAGCUAACCAAAAAUGGUAGCCUCAUCAUAAAAGAUGUGAAGGGCAACUUGUUUUUUGAGAUUGGAGGAAGUUCAGAUGGUAGCAUCAUCACCCAUGCUGCCAUGCUCGACACAGGCAACUUGGUGCUUCAGAGCUCAUCCGCGUCUGAGUUCAAGUGGCAAAGCUUCGACUCUCCCACCGACACCAUCCUUCCAACUCAGAAACUUGCGCUUGACUACAAACUCUAUGCUCCAUUUACAGCGACGAAUCUCUCCACUGGCCGGUACUAUAUCGUAAUGCAAAGUGAUGGUAACUUUGUUAGUUACACUGAGAUAUUAGAACCAACUUAUGCUUCAAACACGUAUGGAACAAAGGGACGUUUGGUGUUCGAUGAGUCUGGAAAACUCUCCAUCUUCCAAUGGGAAAAUAAUAAGACUGUUCAGCUAAAUCCGGUUGACCAGAUUCCCUCGCCAAGCAAGGACUUCUACAUAAGAGGAACUAUAGACCUCGAUGGGAUCUUCAGGCUCUAUAGUUACCCGAGGGGAAGAAACAAUUAUACGUCAAACACCUGGAGCAUCAUCUGGGCCACUCAACAAUAUUCUGCAUGCAACAUGAAGGGCAUUUGUGGGAUGAACAGUUACUGCACUAACAAGACAUCUAAUAGUGACUUUGACUGCCUGUGUCUACAGCCCGGUUACUCUUAUGUGGACGCAGAAAACAGAUUUCUCGGUUGCAAACUGAAUUUCCCGAUGCCGGACUGUAGGAGGUAUAGAGCAGAGAACUACGUCCUACAUACAAUUAGUAAUGUGAAUUGGAAUGGUGGUGCGUAUUCAGAGCUAAGUGUUGAUGAGAGCACCUGCAUGCAAUCAUGCCUAGAUGAUUGCUCAUGCCUUGUGGCCGUCUAUGGGAGCUCAAAAUGCUCCAAGAAGCGCAUGCCUUUACGCAACAGCGAGCCAGGGAUAGAUGGCGUGAAGGCUCUAUUUAAGGUGCCAAGGGACAACAAUUCCCUUCUUCUUCCACCAUAUCUGCCCAACAUCACACACAAUGAUAGGAGCAAGCAGUCCCGAUUUGGAGUUGGUGGAAUUGUGCUGUUGGGCAUCUCAGUAAGUCUUAUUCUCAUUUUCAUAGUUGAAACUGUCACUCUAAUCCGCAUCAAGCGACGAAUUCCACACAGAAGCGAAGAAGAAGAAGGUCUUCUGCAGCCUGAGAUGCAGCUGACAAGAUUCAGUUACAAAGAACUCGAGAAGGUUAGCAGGGGUUUCAAGGAGAAGUUGGGUAGUGGUUCUUUCGGAACCGUUUACAAAGGGAUGAUGUUGUCAGCAUAUGGUCAGAAUCCCAUUGCUGUGAAGCAACUGGACAAGUUCAUGGAAAAUGGAGACAAGGAAUUCCAGACAGAAGUUUCCGUGAUUGGAAGAACACACCACAAAAACCUUGUCCAACUGCUUGGCUUUUGCAAUGAGGAUUCUCACAGAUUACUAGUGUAUGAGUACAUGGAACAGGGCUGUUUGUCAAGCUUCCUUUUUGGAAGCAUUAGGCCAGACUGGAACCAAAGAGUCCGAAUUGCGUUUGGUAUAGCUAAAGGGCUCAUGUACCUUCAUGAAGAAUGUGGCACACAGAUCAUACACUGUGACAUUAAGCCCGAAAACGUACUUCUUGAUGGCAAUUUCAUUCCCAAAAUAUCUGAUUUUGGACUGGCCAAGCUUCUCAGACAUGACCAAACAAAAACUAACACAGACAUAAGGGGAACAAGAGGUUAUGUAGCCCCUGAAUGGUUUAGGAAGAUGGCUAUCACAGUGAAAGUUGAUGUUUACAGCUAUGGGGUGAUGUUGCUAGAAAUCAUAUGUUGCAGGAAGAAUGUGGAACUCAAUAUGAAGGAUGAACCAACGGCAAUACUUGUUGAUUGGGCCUAUGAUUGCUUCAUUUCCCAACAAUUGGAGAUGUUGGUGGAGCACGAUGAAGAUGCCAAGAGUGACAUGAAGAAGGUGAGAAAGAUGGUGAUGGUAGCAUUAUGGUGCAUUCAGGAAGACCCAUCGCUUAGGCCUACAAUGAAGAAGGUGACACAAAUGCUGGAAGGUGCAGUUGACAUUGCAAUCCCACCCAACCCUUCUUCCUUCAUAAGCUCAAUGGAAUGAGAAGGAAACUCUGCUUCUAUGAAAUGUCUACCUGGAAGAAGUUUGAUCUUCUUCUGCUUGUUUUAGCUUAGGCACCAGUCGACUUCACUUUGACAUAAAUAUUUUGUACUGUCAAACAAUAAAUUGCAGGCCUUCGUUCUUUUGAGUUCCUUGUUGCUCUCUUCUAGUAUAUUAU